AUGUCUGGACAGCAAGGACGCAAGAUCGCCAUCGUCGGCGCCAGCGGCAACAUCGGCGGUCUCACCCUCAACGCCCUCCGCGAGAGGGGCAUCCACACCAUCACCGUCCUCACCCGCGCGGGGUCCUCCGCCACGUUCCCCUCCGACGUGACCGUCAAGAAGGGCGACUACUCGGACGAGUCCUUCCUCGCCUCGGCCUUCCGGGGCCAGGACGUCGUCGUGCUCCAGCUCGGCUUCGACAGCUUCAUGACCGGCCAGGCGCCGCUCAUCCGCGCGGCGGCAAAGGCCGGCGUCAAGUGGGUGCUGCCCACCGAGUUCGGCUCCGACCCGGCGCCGUCCAAGCUGCUCGACGCCAGCCCCCUGGUCUCGGGCAAGAAGCAGUUCCGCGACCUGGUCGAGGAGCUGGGCAUGAGCUGGAUCGCCGUCGUCAACAACCCGUGGUUCGACUGGUCCCUCGGGCAGGGCUUCUGGGGCAUCGACGUCGCGAAGCGGUCCGCGCGCCUGUUCGACGGCGGCGAGACCAAGUUCGUCACGACCACCAUCGGCACCACCGCCAAGGCCACCGCGGGCGUCCUCAGCCUGCCCGAGCCGGAGUUCGAGGCGUUCCGCAACAGGCCGGUGUAUCUCAAGUCGUUCCACGUCAGCCAGCGGGACAUGCUCGGCAGCAUCCUGCGCGCGACGGGCACCGAGGAGAAGGAUUGGAAGGUCGAGGUCCAGGAUGCCGCUGCUGUCGUUGCCGACUGCGAGGAGAAGGCGAAGCAGGGCGACCAAUUCGCGUCUCUGGUUGGGUUUUACGUCAACCACAUGCGCGAGGGCUGGGGCGGUGAUUACAAUGAGAAGGUGGCCGAUAUGGGCAAGCUCGGUGUUGCGGAGGAAAAGUUGGAUGAGGUUGUCGCGAGGGUUGUCAAAGAGAUUGGUCAGUGA